UUUUUUUUUUUUUUUUUAAGCUGUAUAUUAGAAAGAAGGGCAGUGAUGAAUAUGUCUGUGCCCAGUGAAAUUGCCACCAACGUGCAGGAAACUUCGACACAACGACUGCUAGAGCCCAGUAUUAUCAUGUCAGCACCCAAAAUUAGUACAGUUGUUACGACAUUGACACCACAAACAUCGUUGCCUAAUUUGCAUCUUCCUACCAAAAACUCAACGGAGGAAUCAGGACAAAGUCAGAUUGAUGUUGGUCUCAGUCGUGUCCCUUAUCUGGAAGCAGCAUCCACUGAUAAUUCCACUCAUGUGGAGAAAAGUGCAGAUAAAACACAAGCAAUUUCAUCAAAAUAUACUACCGGAGCAAUUUAUGCUUACCAACCCGGAAAAACAUAUCGAACAAAGCGCGUUUUUAAGGUUAUCAUAUUAGGUGAUGCUGGAGUUGGGAAAACUUGUCUUAGUUUUCGUUUUUGUAAUGGAAGGUUUCCGGCUCAAACGGAAGCAACGAUAGGGGUGGAUUUUCGAGAACGUUCCGUUGCUAUCGACGGUGAACUGAUAAGGGUUCAGCUAUGGGAUACGGCUGGACAGGAACGUUACCGGCAAUCAAUUGUAUCGCAUUAUUAUCGCAAUGUGAAUGCCGUUGUAUUCGUUUAUGAUGUAAGUAAUCCGUCGUCGUUUCAUUCGCUGAAUGACUGGAUCAAUGAAUGCCGCAAACAUUCGGUUUCGUCAACAAAUGAUACACCGCAUAUACUAAUUGGAAAUAAAUGUGAUUUGGUAGUGGAAAACAGGAUUAAAACUGAUGUUGCUCAGAUGUUUGCUGAUCAAAAUGAUAUGGCGUUGUUCGAAACGUCAGCACUAGCAGAUACGGAAGCAGAUCAUGUUGAAUCAAUUUUUAUGACACUGGUGCAUAAGUUGCAACAAAGUAAGCCAAUGCAUGUUCAAAGUAAUGAAGAAAGAGCUCGGAAGGAGCAGAAGUUACUGCUGAAAGCUAGUGAUGCUAGUGCAGAAAGUGGUACCGAAGGAUGGUGUUGCUGAAAGAUAGUUCCAUUUGUAAUUUGCGCUCUUUCUCUUAUCUGUUGUUAUUUAAUUGUUAAAUUUGUUGUAUAUUUGCAGGCUGACAUUUUCUUAGAGAUAAUUUUUCAUUUUAAGUUUCACUUAGGAGGAAUAUCAUCCUGUUAUUUUGUCGAAUUGAAAUCACU